AUGAGCUUCUAUUCUAACCUUCCCGUAGAUGCUACGGCUACUCCGACGUUAUUUGAAGUCAUUUCGUCUCAAGAAAUCGAUGGUUUAUUAAAGCCCACAUUUCAAUAUCUCUCAGCUACGGUUGUCGGUCGUUAUCCAUCUCGCACAAGUAUUGCCUUUCAUUCACGCUUUGAUGAACUGUAUGCAUGCUGUAAACUGCUCCUAGAAUACUAUCAUCUACGAAAGUACAGUGCAACCUUUAUAGAAAAGUCAUAUGGUCUUCAACGUGAGUCGAAGCGAUUGGCUGGGUCACUGUCCAAAUUGCAAGUUGGUGCAGUUUUAUUUGACAAUGUCAUAGUAAGUUACAUUCGUGACAAACUAGAGUAUUGGUAUACACAACUAGAGGGCCGCAGACUUGCUGGUCGGUUGACGGUGUGGCAGAGACGUUUCUUGGAUUGGUAUCCGAGCGUAAGGAAGCUUCUUGCGGCGUUCAGUCUUCUAUGUAAGCUACGUUAUUUGUCAGGGAGAACUCGUGCAGCCUCUUUGUUAGAUCACUUAGCAUCAGUGGAAUUCAGGCGGUUUGUUUAUGAGGCUCCAGCAGCUAAAUCAGGCAGUAUUGGGAAUUCUGCCGACCGCAUAGUACGGAUGAAUUCAGCAUAUUAUAAGGCUAUUUCGGGUCACUUCCUAGGUAAAAUGGGUAAAUUCAUUGAAACGCUGGCUAGUGGACUUUUCCCAACAUUUAUCUUCGCGAUACGGUUACUACAGCAAUGGAAUCAGCAGCCAGACCGUAAAAAGGAUGAUCUAACCGAGAUUCCUCCUCCUCCCCCUGUUACGACUGAAACUCGUGAUGAAAGUGAUCAGGGAAGGAUUUGUCCUGUAUGUGAGUCGACAGUCAUUAAUCCAGGGGUUCUGCAAACAGGCUAUGUGGCUUGUUAUCCCUGUGCAGUGCAGUACGUAUCCGAGCAUGGCGUUUGUCCUGUCUUGAAGACACCGGUGCUAGGCGGUACCAAGGGAAUUCGUAAACUAUUAUGCUAA